AUGUCUUUUUCAAAAUUCUGUCAGUCUGCAAAGGAUACUUUCCAACGUAAAGGGCGUAAAUCGAGUAAGAGCGAAUCUUGCAAAUCGGUUCGUUUUCAGAGCGAGUCCGGAGCGGUGUUUUACACACACAGCAGCGAAGACUAUGACAGACGAUCUUCAUUCUCAACAAUGCUCGAUGAACAAUCAGAACCUGAAUUGGUAGCAGAGAUGUUAAAACAUGCUGCAUGUGGUGAUCAGCUGUCGGAAAUGACACAGCAAGAUGAAGAAGCAUUUGUAUUAAAGCUGGAUGAAGAAGUCAUUCGCAACACGCUUGUCAAUCGAAAACAAGGCUACCACAGUAUUGCUGCCCUAUAUCAUUAUUAUCUUGUAUAUCGAUGUGUUCUUGAGGUAGGGCGAGUAGAAGAAGUUUAA